UUCAGUCGACAAAUGCGUCAUCCUGAACCUCCAAAGUAUUUCUGCUCGCAAUAUUUUCCCACAUCACUCAAAUACCUGCCUGUGUCCGCGACAGCUCGCUGGGUUUGCCUCCCCAGCUUCUCCUGCACACGCGGAGCAUCAAACAGACGAAGAAGGGUCAUUGGCUCUGAGGAGUUGAUGACGGCGAGAGCGCACUCUUCUCCAGGAGCGCAUUUUUAGCCUUUAUUUGUCUGACUAACGCUCUGCAUCUCCGUCCUGUGGAAUGACAUUACAGUGCAAGGACUGAGAUUCGCAUUUAUGCGGUCACUUUGUUUGCUGAUAUUUAUUUUUGCUUAAUUUUGGAGGCGGAGAGCGCGUUUACUGUCCAGGAGCGCGCGGCGUGGCACACGCUGGAACAAAAAAAAAAAACAGCUCAGUGCAGCGCAGGCAGGUUUCCCUUUUAAAAGCAGCAGGACAGGCAGGAGAGUUACGGAGUCUUCUCGGGGGAGCGGUGUCUGUGCAUGACAGAGACGGACUCUAAAAGAAGACGAAGAAGAAGAAAAAAAUCGGGAUACUGAGCAGAAAUCGGCAGCGGGAACUUGGAUAUGGCGCCUGUGAAGAUGUUCGACCUUUUUGUUGGAGUUGUUUUAGUUUUGCAGUGUGUGUGGAAUGUGCAAGCCGAGAUCACAGCCAGUAACGGGGUCCCAUACUCAUACGUGCAGGAGCAGGCGAGAGAUGAGGAUACAGCUGUUGACGUGAAGCUCUACAGUCACCGGUGGAGGAGAUGGCUCCCCCCAAAGCCUCGUAACAUGGACAGUAACAGAGCCAGUCAGGAGCAGGACCAGGAGCGUGAACAGGAGGAGCCUGAAGGCUUCCCAGGCCUGGUUUCAGCAGAGGAAGCAGACAACAGCUCCCAGAUAGAGGAGGAUACAGAUCACAACUACUACACAUCUAAAACGUACGGCCCUUCAGAUCUGAUGAGCAAGGACUUGUGGGUAAAUAUCGACCAGAUGGACAAGGACAAAGUGAAGAUCCACGGCAUUCUGUCCAACACACACAGACAAGCUGCAAGAGUUAAUCUGUCCUUCGAUUUUCCUUUUUACGGACAUUACCUGCGUGAAAUCACAGUGGCGACCGGUGGGUUCAUCUACACUGGUGACGUGGUCCACCGGAUGCUAACAGCUACACAGUACAUUGCUCCGCUAAUGGCUAACUUUGACCCAAGUCUCUCCAGAAACUCUACCGUCAUCUACUCUGACAACGGAACUGCUCUGGUUGUGCAGUGGGACCACGUCCACCUGCAGGACAACUACAGCCUGGGAAGUUUCACCUUCCAGGCCACAUUGCACAAGACUGGUAGGAUCGUCUUCGCCUACAAAGAGAUCCCCGUUGAGGUGUCACAGAUCAGCUCUGUCAAUCACCCAGUGAAAGUUGGCCUGUCUGACGCCUUUGUGUUGGUCCACAAGAUCCAGCAGAUACCCAAUGUGAGGCGGAGGACGAUCUAUGAGUACCACCGUGUGGAACUGACUAAGACAAAGAUCACCAACUCUACAGCUGUGGAAAUGAUGCCUUUACCCACCUGCUUGCAGUUCACCAGCUGUAGCUCCUGCAUCUCCUCACAGAUCAGCUUCAACUGUAGCUGGUGCCAUCGGCUCAACAGAUGUUCCACUGGCUUUGACCGCCAUCACCAGGACUGGAUGGACAGUAGCUGCCCAGAUGAGACCAAGGACAAGAUGUGUGACAUCACAGACACUACGUACCUUUACCCUUUCACCACUACGGUUGCUGCCAAAACAACACCCAAGGGGAAGGAGGCCACUGCAGGCAGGGAAACACCCUCCACCUCCCACCCUCCCACCAGCGUCCCCACUGAAGAUGACACCAAGAUCGCUCUGCAUCUCAGAGACAACCAGGUGAUGCCAGCUGACAGUGCUGUAGACAGGGUGAAAGGCACUCAUCCUCUUCACACUGGUUUGAUCCUGGGCAUCUUGCUGGUGAUGCUUAUCAUGAUUGCAGGCGUGCUGAUCACAGUCUACAUCUACCAUCACCCGACCUCUGCAGCCAGCCUCUUCCUUAUCGAGAGACGUCCAAGCAGGUGGCCUGCCAUGAAGUUUCGCCGGGGGUCGGGUCACCCAGCCUACGCGGAGGUGGAGCCAGUGGGCCAGGAGAAGGAGGGCUUCAUCGAGUCCGAGCAGUGCUGAGGGAGGAGGUGGCAUCCACAUCCCUCCCUCCCCUCCGCAGCCUCCCUCCUGUGCUAGCCCUCCUCUCUCCUGCUCCACGGGGACUUCUCACCUGGAACCUCCAGGAUGCACUUAUUGGUGGAGGAGCUCAGUGUACACAAUGACUCGUUAAGACUGUACAAUCGGCCCAUUGAGCGCUAGAUGAGACUGGAUACAGUGACCGGUGACAUGAGAAAGCGAGACACCCCUGAAGACUAUCCCCAGACAUACCCACUGUUCAGCUCCCGUUAGCAAGGAGCUGAGCUGCCGGGGGGCAGAGGGAGGGAACAGCGCAGACGUCAUCGGCUCUGCAUUCGUUAAGAGUUUUUACGACUGCUAUCGCGUUGCCAUGGUGGGACUGUACAGCUUGACUGAUAGCCGUGUGUCUGGUUGGGUUGGGGAGCAGGGUGAAUUAUACAAUAUAUAUUUUCAGAAUCAAUACAGAGUGUGUGAACAAAGAUGUCCACUUUAUUGUCCAUGGGGGUUACACAUUAUAGGCCUUUGUAUAUCCAUCAGGUUUUUCCUUCUUUUCCUUUUCCUUUCUCUAUGUUUUCACAGGGGUUGGCGCAUUUAUCUGUACAGACCGUCGGUAUUGCUUUUCAAUACCAUCGCAGGCUUAAUUGACUUUUCCACAGUCCACUCUGCACAGAGAGGCUGUGGCUGCGUGAUAUGACGCGAGCUGAACUCAAUCGAUCACAGCUGGGAGUAAAGCUCUGAACAUUCGGCAUGGGUGUUGAAUUAGUUUGUGAUUUUUGGGGGCUGGUUUCAUUUUGUGAAAAUGAAGUGUAAGGUGGGGGGUUUUGUUGUUGUUUUUUUUUAAUGGGUGAUGGACACUAUCCUUCCCUUUGCAUUGAUUUCUUUACUGCCGUGCCAUUUCGUCCCUGAGUAGAGUUUGCACUUCUUUUUUGUUUCUCAUUCAACAUGUGGUACUAAUGCAAAUUACAAGACAGGCGCUUGUGAGUGUGAAUAUAUUUUCUGGAGUGUAAGUGAUUCUCGUGUGUGAAUACAGAAGACAGUUUACAGUAGUGAUUGGGUAUCCACCUGCUAUAUGGGUGCAUAUAUUUGAGCUGGCUCUUAUUGAUUUUACUUAGAAGUACCUGGAUACAGUUUGCGUGAGCCAGAAAACACACUGGUCUGAUUGGAGAUUUGAUUCAUUUUUACAGUGUCGGUUUAUUUUCCAGUUGUUGCCAAGCGUAACCAGUUCUGUGUCCACAUUUAAUAGCUGUCAUGUCAUCAUAGUAAUGUAUAUACCAAGGCCAAAACAUUUGCAGAUUCAGGUAACUCAUGGCAAACAUUUGCAGUAUAGCAGUGAUGAGAAUCUUCUUUUCUUAUUUUUUAUGAGUGGCCUUUUUUUCUCUACUUUUUUACUUAAAUGUGAAUAUUGUUCUAGUCAUUGCUGUCACAACAAUUCACUCAUUUCAAGAGAAAAUCAUGUUUUACACCAAUGAUUGUAGACUCAUUUAAACAAACUAGAGCUCAAAAUCCUGGAGUUUUACUGAAUAAUAAAAUGUGCAAUAUUACAUCCAUUCAUUUCUAUGGUGAAAACGCAUAAGAACUCCAAUCUCUGAAUUCUUUUUUUAUUUACACUUUGUUGGCAUUGAGACCAAAGACUAAUCAGAAUUUCAGUCACAUGUAUUUACCUCAACCUCCCCCCUCCCCCUAAGAUUUGAAACUAUCAGCUAAGGCCAUGAACUGAUCAGAAAAAAGUUUGAGGUAAGAGAUCAACGGCGCCCAAGGGCAGUUUCCCGUAGACCUCUAAACAUGAAGGUUUUUGUUUUCCAAGCAGAGGAGUCGAGCCCUGCUGGACAUUGAAAGAAAUUGCAGGUUUUCGCUCCAAAAUGAUGUCACUUUUCAAACCAGGAAGCUAGAUCCAUCCUUUGUGUACAGUCUAUGGAUUAAAGUGAUACUGUGCAAGCAUUUUUGAUGUCAUAAAAAUUAGACAUCCCUGAUUAGCAUUUUCUAAAUCCUUCCCACCAUCAAUGACUGUCCAGUAAUUUUUUACAAUUCCAGGCACAGUAAAGCUUAAGCUUUGCAUUAUCAAUACGUUUAAAGAGUUCUACUACCAGUGUCUCUUAGUAGCCUUUCUAUGAAUAACCAGAAUUACAAGAGGUAAAAUGUCAUUCAUUAGAAAUUAACAGUAUGCCUAUCUAACUAACCUACUAAUUUCAAGUUUGCAUCAUCAGCUAACAAACGGGCCCUGGAAGAAGAGUUUAGGCUCGAUAUCGAUAUGAUAUAUCAACAACUCCAGUCGGCACAGUGAUACCUGAGAUAGUGUUAUACAUUCACUCACUUUCUCCAAAAGGUUAGUAAAGCUUUUAACAAAGUUCAAUCAAACAAAUGUGGCAGUCUGCUAGUACCAGCAUAGUCACAACUUGUAGGCAGUUACACAACUAAAAAUACAACUACAACAGUAGUAAGCGUACUUAAGCAACCAACCUUUGGAUUUUAGUUGCUUUGUUCAUUUUAGAGGAGCCAGUACUUUGCCUGUUUGGUUAAAAUACAUGUUAAUCUACACAGAAAGCAUAGGGGCCUGUUUAGAAUCAAUACAUUCUCUUAUAUUUUAUAACAUGUGUGUUGGGAAUAUUUUAAUUCAUUGAACUUAUAUUAGCAAAGUUUUUCCUGUCAUUCUGAAAUUGGUUGUAUUGGGGUUUUUUAAACAAUACUAAAGUCGCAGGUGCCACCACGUUGUCCUGUGUCCUUGGAAAGAACACAUUGUUCAAGUGCAGUAAAGUCCCACUAGGUGAGCGAAGUGAACAGAAUCACUUCCUAAAAAAUCUUUUUAAAUUAUUCCGUUUAGUUAAGGUCUUAGUUUCAAGCAAGUUUCAAGCACAUGUACAGAGUUGGCAGUUCAAGUCACGCACUCACAUGGAGGCAAAUCUCUUCUCCAAGGAGUUUGGACAAGAAAAUCAAUGGACUAAUUCAUCAAGCUGAUACGAAGCCACAUGAGCAGAAAUCAUGCAGCGUUAUUCUGGCCCCAUUUAAGUCAAAAAUAAGAAGACUCUACUGUCCAUGUUAAGUGAUGUCAGGUGAACGUCGGCUCUGAUUAACAGACUCCAACUGUUAAAAUCAGGCCAAGCAAAUUCAAGCCCAAUGAUGAAGUUCAACUUAAAAGACUUUAAAAGUCAUUUUCACUAUCAAGCAAAGAAAAGUUUAAACUGCCAAAUUAGCAUCACCCAGAUUUGUCCUUGGGGUUUUGUGGGAAGUAACACUUGUUUAAUACUUUACUUUAGUGUGUUCAGAAAGAUAUUUAUGAUUUUCGAAGAGUCACACAAGGCAUAAAAUCUUAACUGUGUGAACUACAUCGUGGUCACAUGACUUUAACUUUAUGACUAGUAAAUUUAGCCACUUGUUAUCAAACUCCUUAUUCGGGACUCACAAAAUCUGAAAAAUUCCACAGCUGGAAACGUCCUUAUGUUGUUAGCCAAUGAGGACAUCCUAAAUAAUCCUUCUUUGUUGUGUUUAAAUUGAUCAUAAUUUACAAUAUGGAAUUUAUGUCCUAUUACCUGAAACUAGCAACUGAGCAAAUAAAGUCAUUAAUUUACUUAGUGUAGAGCUUUAAACAUGGCCAUGCGGCCCCUUGUAAAUAAGGGAGCAGCUGAAAGUAAAUUGUAUACUGAGGUCACAAAGCAAGGGAGGUGAGUGUAGUUUCCCCAUAAACUUCUUUAUAACCAAAGGAGUCUCCACUUGCAGAACAUUUAAAAAAAAAUAGGUUCAAGGUACAGUCGGCGUCACUUUACAGAGCUGGAAGCUAUGUCUGCCUUUUAUAUUGUCUACGGCUCUGAGUCAUGUUAGCCUUUGUCACUCUAUACACUAGUCAUUCAGUCAGUGGAGCUAUGCAGCUGGGUCGUGGUUCGUGACAUGCAUCGCAACAAUAUUUCUCUAACAAUUGUGAGCCAAUGGCUUCUCCACACCUCCAGGUCCAUUUUUUGUUUUUUAGUACCGGUAGAUCGAUCCCUGUGGAGAAAUGCUCUGUGAAAGUCAUCAAAUCAUCCACUUACCGUACGGUGCCACCUGAAACUGCAAGUGUUUUUACGACUGCUGUGAAAAUGCAGUCCGAGAACAUGACCGGAGGUCACAUUUGUUUGCACUGAACACAUUUACAAAAGCUGAAAACACUUCAGUCGCGCAGCAUUGCCAGAUGGAAAAAAUGUUAUCCUAGAGGAUUACAGUUAUUAUAUUUUGAGGAGCACUAUUGUACACAAGUCAGAUCGGUAAAAAAAAGAUGUCAUGAGAGAAAAUGUGUGCAGGCACAGGUGUAAGCUGUAGUCCACUGUCCUAAAAUGAGGCAGCCUCGGCUUAUUUCAACUACUAUGUGUUGUAAAAUAAUGAGAUUGUGAAAUAUUAUGGGACAUUUGCCACACAAGUACAAUAAUUAUCACACUCUGGCAAUGCUCUGAUAGUGGAAACUGGGUUUUCUAGCAGCAAAGUCUUCACUUGCUUCACUGGACCUGACUAAUGGCUUUCACUCCCACUUUUAACAAAAGCAGCACAGUUGUGUCAUUGGGAUUGGUUACUGCUGUUUUCUUUGCUCUCUUAUGAGUUGGAUUAAAUGAUACUGAGUCACAGAUUCAGCAAAUGUUCCAGGAGCUCAACAUACAGAUACAAGAAUUGGAGUUUUCUUCCAGCUGUGACGUUGGUUUUAUCUUAUCAUGACACUUUCAUAGCAAACAAUAAGACUCGAAAUCAUAAAGUAUCAUAGCUGUCUGUAAUUUCUGUAACUAC